AUGUCGCAAAGCACGUCCACCGACUCCGCGCGGACUGACCGUGGUGAUGUGGAGGUGUCUUCGUCAUUGCAUGCUUUUCAGCCUGCUGCAAGCAGGGUGCGCGUCACGACAUCGCUGCCGAUGGCAGUUGCACGUGGUAUCGAUUGCAGCGGCCAUGUGGCGAGCUUCAUUGAUCAUAGCGGUCUUAUCCGGAACCACAUCACUGAGAUGCGGCCGGAGGCUUCACUGCCCGUGUACCAUUUGGGGUGCACGUUAGAUAUCACCGGCCUAUGGCCAGCGAACCCGCCGCACCGUUCUACGUUGUCCAUUAUUCACAAUUAUUUCCAGACCACCAACACCAGUACCGUCCGUGUGGCACCUGACGCGCCGCCUGCCGACGCUGGACACCGUGACCUCAGCGUCCUCACUAUGGAGCCCGGUGGCUCCACAUUUGGGCACGUUCUUCUCGUCACGGUUACACCCAUCCGCCACGAGGACGUGCAGGAGUUGGGCAGCAUGUUUCAGGUGGACAAUGCUCGGUUCACUACUAUGUCCACGGCUGGCCUCCGCACGGACACGGGUACACUCCAGGUGGAUCUUAGCGCGUUUGUGCCCAGCCUGCACAGCACUGUCGCGGCAGCAUUCACUGCAUCGGCUGCCCACCAGCGUACGCUGGUUCUCGCCAAUGCAAACAUGACAACGCGGGCAUAUGAGGGGUGUACUGCAUCGCGGCACCAGUAUCGAAUAUGGGUGUACACGGGAGCCAUGUACAGCUCCCCGUACUCGCUCCCGUAUUUUCGGGCAGCGGAUCCUCAGCCAUCAUGGACGGUACUGGCGUUGGUGGUCUGGAAAUAA